GAACUAAUAGAUUUUUAAAGGGAGCUCUCUUGAGGCUAUUUUAAAUGUAAAGCCUGUGUCUGAAAUGAAUUACUCCUCCAAGUGAACUGGACAGAACUAAACCAUGGAGAAUGUUACUUCAAUUCCAGAUAACCAGACGCUUGGUCCAUGGACUGAUUAUAGCAUGGAAUACAAAGUGGUCAGCAUAUUUUUUGUGAUUCUCAUCUGUGGGAUAGGAAUAGUUGGAAAUGUUAUGGUGAUUCUAGUUGUUCUUACAACCAAACACAUGCGGACACCCACCAACUGUUACCUGGUGAGUUUGGCGGUGGCCGACCUGAUGGUUCUGACGGCGGCGGGACUGCCGAAUAUUACACAGAGUUUGUAUGGAGGAGGCUGGGUGUACGGAUACGUCGGGUGCCUUAGCAUCACUUAUUUCCAGUACUUGGGCAUCAACGCGUCUUCGUGCUCUAUCACCGCUUUCACUAUUGAGCGGUACAUAGCCAUCUGCCACCCCAUAAAAGCGCAGUUUAUGUGCACUCUGUCAAGAGCAAAGAAAAUCAUAGUGGUCGUUUGGGCUUUUACCUCGCUCUACUGCGCCAUGUGGUUUUAUCUGUCUGACAUGAACGAGUUGAUUUACGACAAUAUUACCGUGGCCUCAUGCGAAUACAAAGUGUCAAGAAAUCUUUACCUGCCAUUUAUCUACUUCACGGACUUUGCCAUGUUCUACGUGGUGCCCCUCAUGCUAGCCACGGUUCUGUAUGGAUUUAUCGCUAGAAUUCUUUUCCUCAACCCAUUGCCGGCUGACCCCAAGGAAAACACAAAGUGGAAAAAAGAAUCAUGCCAAGGAAAUAGGAUGACGAGCACCAACAAUUCAUCCUGUAGCACAACCAUCCGCUCUCGCAGGCAGGUGACUAAGAUGUUAGCUGUGGUGGUGGUGCUCUUUGCCCUCCUCUGGAUGCCCUACCGGACGCUGGUGGUGGUAAACUCCUUCCUGGACAAGCCUUACCUGGACCUCUGGUUCCUACUCUUCUGCCGCAUCUGCAUCUACCUGAACAGCGCCGUCAACCCUGUCAUCUACAACGCCAUGUCUCAGAAGUUUCGCACCUCCUUCAAGAAGUUGUGUCACUGCGGUCCGCAGCGAUUGGAGAAGCCGGCGUCUUACAGCUUGGCCCUGACCUACAGCGCCAUCAAGGACACAACCAAUGGAGAGAGCCCUGACCACUUCACUACCGAGAUGGAUGAGCUGGCCACACCCACACCCAGUGACCAGUUCCUGCCCAGCACCAAGAGGAUAUCAUUCGAGGACACCUCUCUGUCAGGCAGGGUUGCCCUUUGCACUGCCUGACAGAAAAAAGAACUCCAUUCAGGCAACAAUGAUUACCUGAAAGGAUCUUCUUAUCCUUAAGCUCUAGUUUGUGAAUUAAAAAUGGUCUCCAGCAGCAUACUUCCAAUUCUAUUCUAUAACUCAUUUUCGGUCGAGGAAUUUAUUUAAUAUUUGAGCAGUACAACGGCAAACAUUAAAUGCCAAAACAUUUGUUGUUAAUAGAGGAAGUACUACUUCAUUUCUUUAUCUAGCAUGGUGAAAAUAUAUUCUCCCCAUCUCUCUGUAGCCAUCUUAGCACAAAGCACCCAAUUAUAGGAAUGGUCUAAAUCCGUCCUAAACCUUGUGUGACACACACAUUUACUUUGCAAGGUAAUAAUCAUACUGCUUUCACAUACUGAGCAACAGUUGCCAUCUCUGUAAAGUGUUUUCCUACAAGGGAAAUAUAACAAGGGAAAGAUGUUAUCCCUCUUUUUAUCUGGAGAGGUAUAAGGCCAGGAACUCAGUGUGUGUGUGUGUGUGUGUGUGUGUGUGUGUGUGUGUGUGUGUGUGUGUGUGUGUGUGUGUGUGUGUGUGUGUGUGUGUGUGUGUGUGUGUGUGUGUGUGUGUGUGUGUGUGUGUGUUCGUGUGUGUGUUUUAAAGAUAAGCUCACUCUACAGGAGGAAUCAAACUGUCUGGGCUGUUGUUAAAACCACCCUGCUACCUUCCAUGUUUUAAAACAGCACAGAGAGAAUGUGAUCACUGACCACAUUUCAAAGGCAGAAUUGAAAGGAGGCAGAGUAUCAAAACCAUCUCUGCUCAAGGGGUGUAAAUAUCACACAUUGCUUUAAAUUGAAACCUGCCUGUCAGGGAAAUAGAGAUGAGGUGGGAUGAAGUUUAUUUAAAGGUUACAGAUGAUGAAAAGGACUGAUAACAAAGCAAUGACACGCCAGAUCUGUCAUCCGUUUGAUACCAUUUGACUUUAUAGUAACCUUAUUGGCUAAAAGGUUCACCCGAUAUGAAACAUUCCUCAGGGGCUAGUGUCAAAAAUGCAGCAUGGUUAAACAUCCUGCUGUACCUGUAAUGGACUACUGUGGUGUGGAUUCAAUCAACAAGUGUUGGAAGGUCCAGAGUCCAUAGCGAGAAAGAUCUUUGAUGACUCAGACACCUGGGUGGUUGAUGGUUGUCUCUAGGUCAGGGGCCUGACAUGACCAGACUAAACAUUAUGUUGACAUUCUCAACAGCAGAGACUAAUGGUAGCAUUUCCCCAUAAUGGAUCCCCCCAACCACAACCCGCAGAGCAAAGGGGAGAUUAGAGGAUUCAUCAAUGCCAAAGUGUUCUACUUUGUAGAUUUGAGGGAGGCUGGUGAGUCAUGGUACAGCCAUAAAGCACGGGCACAGUGUCAAAAAAACAGAAAGAAAAAGCAUAAAAGGAACGAGAAUUGAUUUAAUUUCGAAUUCAAAUAAGGAAAAAAAUAGAACGUUUGUUGUUGUUUAUUUUAUACUGAUGAAACGCCCUCUCUGUCCCUUUUUAGGAUACUGUAAAAAUGCUUGCAAUUGAUUGUGCGUUGCCGUGUGAAAUUGAUGUACAAUGUACAUUUUCGAUGUACGUUUCAGACCUGUUUUCAAUUCAUACCUUUGUACCAUUUACAUUGUGUCUGCCAGUAGAACUAUUUUGUAAUAACGUAGUUUGUUUUGUUCAGUUUUAUUGUUUGUUCCCAUCAAUAUACAGUAUUUUACUAUGGAGCGAUCAAUGUGGAGCUACGCUCUUCUUCUUUGGUAACACUACAACUACAGUAGGUUUCAAAGAAGGUACGUGAAAUAAUGAUCUGUCCCUCUUGCACUUUCAUCUACUAUCUCCGUUGCACAGUUUCCACCAUUAGAGGGAGUGGUGCCUGGUAGCGAGUUUGCAGCAUGGACAGUGUAAAACAAAUGAUGUUGUGGUGUGAUUUAAAAAAGACAGACAUCUAUGUGCAGUAUACAGUUAUUCUUCAGUCAGCAAUGUUGUGUAUCCUGGUCUCCCUUUGCUGGCAGUUCUCUGCAUUGUAAAAACUACCCUUGUUGUUUGGAUGGUUUGUGUUUUGUAUUUUGUAUUGUCAUUUGUCUAUAAUAAAAUGAUCAUUGAUCAUG